UUUUCAAAUUCAUUACUCAUAAAGCCGCAGCGGUCAGUGGAGUGCCGCAGUAUAAAAGUGAAUAUCGCGAAUGUGCAGGAUUGCAUCGUGAGCAGCCGCGUUGUGAAGCAGAGCCGGUGAAUCCGCGUGCGGCGGAAAGGCGGAUUUAUAAUAUGAGGUCUUCCCGAUAGCGAGGAUCGAACCCCGUUCUACCCCAUUUCGUCGUUCUCGUUAAUCAUAAAAUAUAGACACACGCGCACACACACACACACACGCGGUUGGUUAGACGGACAGACGGACGGACGUGGAAACGUACGAUACGAGUUGAAAAAAAGGUGAUAUACUCGAUAUUCGAUAAUUUUGAGGGUGACUACGAAGAGGGUGAGGGGAUGACAAGGGGGAGGAGAGGGAGGAUAAUAUCGAAGUAAUCGCUUCUUCUUCUUCUUAUCUCCUAUUAUUGCAGCUGCGUGUGUAUAAAUAUAUGAGAUGUGAUCGGAGCCGCCGUUGUCUGCAAAAUGACUGCGUCGUUACGACGGAUCUGCGCCCUCCGGGUCCUCCUCGUUGGCUCCUGGUGGCUGCUGCUGUCCCGGCCAGUUAUCGGGGCGCCGGAUUCUUCCGAGAUAACGACACCGCAAGGUCCAGCGACGCCGGGUAAGCUGAAAUUCGCAGACAGAUGCCAGCAGGACAACGACUGUGGAUUUGUCGGUUCUUACUGCGAGCCAAGAACGAAAAAAUGCAACUGCAAGGAGGAAUUUCCGGCAACGAAUCACAUCGACAAGUGCGGAGUCAAGGCUAACAUCAACGAGUCCUGCUUCUUCCGGGAACAAUGCGAGUCGAUGGUAAAACAGACCGAGUGCCGGGACGGAAGAUGCAUCUGCAUUUUCGAAAUGAUUCCUGUACCUCGAUACGACGGCGAGAUAGAAUGCAUUGCCGAGCACAAGGAGCCACCGAGUCUACAAUACGUAGAUCCAGCAAUGAUUUGGGUUCUUGUAGCCAUGGCACUAAUGUUCAUUAUAUUAUGCGUCGUGCUUAGACUUUUCAGCAAGGCUCGCUGGCGGGAAACCCGGACGAUAUUCAACACGCCGAAUCCGCGCUUAAUGAACGUGUCCCUGCUGAGGGACAGCAAGCUUUUGCACGGACAGGAGCGUCGUGGCUCCCGAGGGAGCGUAAGGGGCCCGUCGAGGCAGCCCUCUGUGGCGUCUCUAAGGGCUCACUCACCCUCGGCAUCGCAAGGUGCGAAAAACUCUCAACGAGUGAACCGAUCUCGAACAGGGUCAAGAAGAGGAAGUCGAGGAAGCACAGGAAAUGCAUCAGCAACAUCAACGAGAUCAAACAAAUCGCCACCAGCAACGCAACCGAGUAACAUAACCGUCGAAAUUCAAGACGCCGCCGUCGCGUAGACGGAUCGAUCAAUAAUGCAGAUAAAUCAACAUUCGUUAUGUUUUCUUUUUUCCAUUAUUUUCCGAUGCAAGAACGCAAAUAAAUUUUAAAGCGUCACAAAAUGAUUCGUCGUCCGGUAUGUGAGAUUGACGCGUUAUUUAAUACGAUUAUUAUUAUUGCUAUUAUUGUUAUCGUGAGUCUGCAUAAAUAAUAUAUACUUGCGAGAGAAAUGAAAAUUACAGCGCAAAAUUAAUCAGCGUUGGCCUUUGCUUGACAAUUAUAAAACUUUAUAUACAUACACAUGUAUAUAUAUAUGUAUGUAUGUAUAAUCGAAUCAUGCGUACAAUCAGCCAUUCUAUAUUCUACAUGCCGCGUGAUUAUAAUACCGUAUUAUAAAUCAUAUUAUUAAUAUAUAUUAAACAGUUGCACAGUUUCUCAAUUUGCGCAGUUUUUGCACGAUUAGUUCGUCGCGAUAAUUUUUUCGAAACAUUAUAACUAAUUAUAAUACUAUUGAUAACUAAUUUCGUCAAACAAUAUAUUAUUGUUAAACCGUUACUCGAUGGUUAUUCUGUACGCGAACGGAAUAACAUUAUUUCAUAAUCUAGUAUUACGUAGAUAAAAUAAGCGCGUUUUGAAUAGACCUUGAUAUACUUGAGAUAAUUCCAAACAUCACCUAAUCGGGCACCGCGUUAUAUAAGAAUAAUUAAUCAAUUGGCACAAAAUCGCGAAGUAUAAAAUUAUAAAUCUGCACCCGCGCACGCACGCAAUUAGUAUUUAAGCGUAGUACGUAAUAUAGAUAAAUAAUGGCGAAUUAUUAUCGAACCAUGAUUACUAAAUUCUCAAAACUGAAGGUAUAAUAAUAAAGGUUAAAUCAUCCCUCGUAAGAGACGAUUGAUUUUGCAAUAACUCUAACAGUUGUCAUUUUCGCAAGGGACCAGAGGACGAAAGUGGGUUGAAGUAAUCAUCACGCUCGACGGAAUCUAAAAAGUGACGAAUUU